AUGACAAUUGAAUAUUCUAGCUCUUCCUCAACCCAAGGGAUGAGGCAUGUCGGGAAACAUUGGUGUUGUUUGAAUGAUGAUGUUUGGGAAUUAAUCUUCGAUCUCUUGCCGGUUGUUGACAUACUCCACCUACGAUCCGUAUGCAGUUGUUGGCGUUCAGUAGCAAAAGCUCACAUCAAAUCUCGCUUGAUGAAGAGGUUGCGAUUCUCACCCUCUCUCUUUCUACCUCGUUCACCCUUGCUCUUUCUACCUGAUGAUCCUGACGAGGAAUCUAUCAACUAUUGGUCUCGGACAGAAGACAAAACAGAUUACUUCUUUAGCCUGCAUGACAAGUCAUACGAACAAGUUAAACCUAAUGUUAUUCCACGUGAAUUCCACUGUGUUGGAUCAUUUAAUGGAGGAUGGCUGCUCUUUUUAGCAAAUAUUAGAUGUAACAAGAAUGAUGAAGGAAGGUUACUCGUGUAUAAUCCCCACCUGGACCUCAAAAUCCAUCUGCCUUCUUUUCCAACCUGCAGCAAGUCAUGCUACCACUGGAUUAAGAAAGCAAUUGUUUUUGGAGCUACCGACGAUGACGAUUAUUCUGACCCCCUCAUAAGUAGUAGUGAAAAGUAUGGAAUUGCAGUAAUUUAUGGAUGUUUCCCAACUCUUGUUGCUUAUCUUAUGUGUGGAGAGGCUGAAUGGAAGAAUUUUCCUUGUUUUGAUGAUGAAGGAGGAGUAUAUCAGGAUUUGAAUUGUUAUAAAGAUUGCAUAUUUGCUGUAUCAAACAAAGGUUCUGUUGACAUGUGGGAUUUCAGCAGCGGCAGCACUCCCAUCAAAAAGAUGAGAAUCACUCCGGCUCUACCACCCCAUAGCAUCCAACCACCGGAACCGGAUUGUGAAUACAAGGUAUUUAACACACUAUAUAUUAUACCUUCAAAGCAUGAGAUUUUGCUUGCAAAGAGGUGCAUUGGUCAAUAUGUUGAACUUGAUGGCAUUGGUCAAAAUGUUGUUCAACUUGGUGGCAUUGGUCAGCAUGUUGAACCUGAUGAUAGCAUGGUCAUUCCCGGUUACUACGAUGAUAAUGGUGUCCUGAACAUUGACAUUCCCUUUGAGCCUGACUACGAUGAUGGCGCCAUUGAGACUCAUCCAUAUUGGACGGAGAUGAUUUAUGUCUACACGCUGAAUUUGGAUAGGCAAGAAUGGAUUCCUUUAGGAAACUUAGGCGACGGGGUGAUAUUUGUGGGUGGAAACCAAUCAACGUUACUUUCCACGCGGGAUUUCUCAUGCUGCAAGAAGAAUUCGGUUUAUUUUACUGAUGAUAAUUGGCAUCAAGUUUAUGAUGGUACUUGGUACGAGGGUCUAGAUAGCAGCAUCUUCAACUUGGAGGAUGGAAGUUUGGAAUUUAUCUAUCAAGAUUUUUUUGGACGUAAGAGACCACCUUUCUGGCUUCUUCCUAGGCCAUAA